UGACAUUAAUAUGGCUACUAUAAACAAAGUACAGGUUUUGAAUGGGGGUGAUAUUCCCAAGAAUAGGCCAGCUCGAUCUGCAGUUACAUUAUCUAAAGAAUUACAGAAGAUAAUGUUAAAGAUGAAAGGUAGCUUUAUGAGCGCAGAUGGUCAUGGAGUGGAUUAUGCUGCGCUGAAAAACAGCAAGUUGUUUGAAGAAUAUCAGAUGAGUGCACGUGAUCUACAGCAAACACCACUAUCCGAUCUGAGUCCAAAACAAAAGACCRCAUUUUUCUUAAACAUUUACAAUGCUUUAACUAUUCAUGGCCUGGCUAUGUGCAAUACAUUACCAAGCUCUGUCCUGGAGAUCAGUAACUUCUGGAGACAUACAGCAUAUUCUGUUGGUGGUUACAUACUAAGCUUGGAUGAUAUAGAACAUGGAAUACUAAGGGGGAAUCGACCACACCCAUCUASUCCAACACCACUCUUCUUAGAGGGCGACCCCCGAUGUGAGCUUGCAUUAUCAGAAAUUGAUCCAAGAAUACAUUUUGCUUUAGUAUGUGGAGCAAAGUCAUGUCCUGCAAUAAAUAUAUACAGUGAGGAUAAUCUGGAACAAGGUCUUGCUGCUGCUGCUAGAAGCWUUUGUGGACAAGAGGUUGAAAUUGAUGGCACAGAGGUCACCUUGUCCAAGAUCUUUAUAUGGUACAAACAAGACUUUGGAUCUACUGAUGCUGCACUUUUGAGAYGGAUAUCUCAGUACCUACCUCCAGACAAGGAAUUAGAAAUAAAAGAAUUAUUGAAACAAAUGGAAAUUGGUGAAAAAGUUGUCAUCAAAGCUAGAGAAUACAACUGGAAUCUAAACAAGCUGUAAAAUACAAUUAUACUUAUCCAACAU